GAAACUAGAAGAAGUCAUAAACAAGAUGCAACAAGAGAUGCAGAUAAUAAACAACGUGAAAGCAGGUCAGCAGUCUGUCCGGAUUGCCCCCUCUUUGGGUGCCUCAAUGCCAACAUCUCUGAAGCAGAUUCAAUUUGCAUCUCAUUUGGAAAUACCGCAAACACCAUCUGCCAGCUAUCUGGUCGAUCAAAUGGACAUGGAUAGCCAGGUUCUGUACAGGAAGCCGGAGAUUUCCGGAAGCAUGCCCAGGCUGUCAUUGAUCAGUCCGCCUAUGGAUGGGCGGAUGGGUACUGUCCAGCACAGAUCAAACAGCCAGACCUCCCUAGUGACGCACUCUGCCAAGUCUGCAACAGUCAGCAGAGACAAGCCGUAUAAGCGCUCUGGCUACUCGCAGAGCACUUUGACCACACCGUCCUCAACCCUAUCCUACAGGAGAGAGGUGGCCUGGGAGACCCCCUCUUUCAACCCCCCGCCACCUUUCCGCCACUCUUCGCUGUCAUCUUUGUCACGGGCUCUGCCCCUACUCAGCCUCCAGGGACGUAUGCCAAAGUGAGCCCUGGUAGGACCCAUCUACGCAACACCACAGAUGUUAAGAGCAGGGAAGACAGAAGAAAGAGAGGGAGAGGCCAACAUGGAUAACCAGUUAAUGUGUCUUGCCAUACAUGAAAUGAAAUGAUCUAUUGAGAGCCUGUACGAGAAGUUCAGUUUCUCUUCAAGCAAGUGAAUAUUUAUUGCUUUUUCCACCUGUUUCAUUCUAGUGUUCCUGUUAGGGGAAUAUCUCCUGUAGUUUGUUAACUUCACAGUGAGGAACACCUGAUACACGUGUAGAGCCUUUUGUAGUGUGAUAGAUACUUUUAAAUGUUUAUGUAUAUAAUGCUAUUGAGGGGGAAAUGUCAUAAAAAAUUUUGUUUAUUGAAGGUUUCUUAAUGGAAUGGCCAAUGGUUUUGAUCCAAAUGUACCUAUUCUAUAUUUGGUCUUAUGCCUCUCUGGUGCAAAUAUAUGUCAAAGAACAAUUUAGCUGGUGUGAAUUCCUCAUUUGUAUUUAUUAAAAGAUGAAUGUGAUAUUUUAUAUAAUUCAAAAGUAAUAGGAAAUUGUGGAGUUCUAUCUCUUGCGGGAGCCGCAGGUGAGUUGGUAUUAGGAGCAUGAUGACAAGGGCAGGCUGUGGAAAUGUCCUCCUCCAGCUGAGCUCGCGUCCCUCAUGCGUACUGCUCUUAAACAAUAUUCAAGGAAAGUUCAUCAUUAAACCACUGUUUGAAGAGGUAUGACUGGGGUAAUUGGCCCUCAUUUAUCAAUCUAACGUAGAAACCAGCGCAGAUCCGAGCGCAGAAAUCAUCUUAUGACAGGGUUCACGUGUGAUUCAUGAAAUGUUCGUAUCUCGCCAAUCAGAGCGUAAGAAUGAUCGGGCAUUGAUAAAUGUGGCGGCUUAAAACAAUCGUCAUUUAAAUAUCACGCCCCUAUAUAUUCUCGGUUUAGAGGCCUCGCCCCUAGAGUUUACAACAUGGAGAAGCGUAAUACGGCCAAGAAGAGAAAUUUCUCUGACAUAGAACUAAUUGGUUCAGAUUCAAUUUCUAUUUGGCAGCCUGAAAAGUGGAAUAGAAGGAAGUCAGAAAAAUGCAGUAUGGAAGGAAAUCACUGCUGUUGUCAACAGCGUUGCCGUGGACUAUCGAACUCCAGCUGAGGUUGGAAUAUUUAAUGUAUACAUCCGUGAUAUGUAUAGCCUAUAUAUAUAUUAACCGUAAA